ACUCGCGAUAAGAUAAUGUUAUUAUCGCUACAGAUAAAACUUGAUGCCGAGUUCGUUUAUAAAGGUGACAUCGACAUCAGGCUCGUCGUAGUCCGUUUUGCUGUGAAGAUGCUUACGUUAUUCGCAGCACUUUUGUUUUUACUGAAUCAGACGGCAUUCGCCACGGUGUGUGAUCUGUGCGAGUGCCGGUACAUCAGAACGAAUGAAGACUUCAUCGGAGACCACGUACACUGCACCUAUCAAGACCAAGACAUAUUCAAGACAGAACACACCCUACCAAGUACAGUAUUCUCUUUGGACCUCUCAUCUAGCAACCUUACGAGAAUAUACGAAUCAAAACUAUUGCGCUCCGAAACACUCAUUGAACUAUAUCUCAACAAUAAUGCCAUAACUCAAAUAGACAUUCUAGCCCUGCAACUUCCAGAACUCAAGGUCUUAGAUUUGAGCAAUAAUAAUUUAGAGGUCAUUGAUUUAGAAGCGUUCCAAUUUUUGAAAAAACUUGAAGUGUUGAAUCUGGCUAAUAAUUUGUUUAGUUCAUUCAGCAAUCUGAAAUUCCAUUAUCUGCAUAGUUUGAAAGAAAUAAUAUUGGAUUACAAUAACUUAGGACCAAGUUUGUUGGAACAAAACAUAUUUGAACGCAAAAAUUCUGGACUUACGGCUAAUGUUAGAAACAUCAGCAUCCGAUCUAUAAACUUGGACCACGUUCCAGAGAACUUAUUUGCAGAAGUAUACGAUGUUAGAAGUCUGGAUUUAGGCGGUAAUCAUAUCAGAGAGAUAUCAGAAUUGCCUGCGACGCUGGAGUAUUUAGAUUUAUCGGACAAUCCGAUAGAAGAGAUAAGUGAAGUGGAUUUUUCCGAUGUCCCGGGAUUGAAGGACCUAAAGUUGAACAAUUUGUGGAUUAGUGAAGUGCCCGAUUUUACGUUUUCUCCAUUACGCGGUCUGAGAACAUUAGAGUUAGAGAGGAAUAGGAAUUUGACUGUGUUUAGUAAGUGGGCAUUUGGUCAAGAAGCUUUGGAUGACGCUGCAGAUUUUACGCUUGAAAGUCUGUCGUUUAGUGGUUCGAAACUGUCCAAAUUGGAUGAAGACUUGAUUGUGCCUUUUAGUCAACUGAUUCAUCUGGACCUGCAGGGCAAUCCAUGGGCAUGUGAUUGUAACAUCGUGUGGUUGAAGACGCUACAGAUUCAAGCAAAAGAUUACGAACAUGUGAGAUGUGCGGAGCCACGACCGCUACUCAACGCUAGGAUUUUCGAGCUGCGAAACAAGUACUUCCGAUGCGGAGCCCCACGCCACCAAGUAGGGCUCCAAAUAGCAAUCGGCACCUUCUGCAUCACAACAACAGCAAUAGUCUUGUGGCUCUACGUCUUCCUACCCAGAAAGAACCCGAUGAAGAACUUCUAUAAUCCAUACAAAUAUACCAUCUUAACAUUGCAUAAUAAUUCGUAAAGUUUAGGUUGAAAUUCGGUAGAUUUAAUUACCAUCUGUGAUAAAUUUUGCAACGCUCACGAAACUCACAACAGCUAGGGCGUCAAUUUUGUAAAAUAUUAAUCUACUUGUAAUGUGUCUUGUCAUGAUAAAACUUAAUUAUUAUUUGGUCAGUAGCGGCGAAAACUGACUACAUCUUAUGAAUCUGUAUAACGCUGUAGCGAGAGCGAUGAUUCGGCUCGACCGCCACCAAAGGGAAGAUCUUCCGCCAGGCUAGGUGUUAUGCCUGGGGAACCGCGGCUCCGACGAUGUUGUGUCGGAGGUUGUAUAUAUAGCUCUAAUCCAUGAAAUCUUUGAAAUCGCGUCUUAGAUUCUUCGCUGCUAUUGGUUGAGCGCGUCAAUUUCUUCGCGAUGAUUGACAGUUGUUGUGAGAUUGGAUGUUGUGACGAGUGGCGUAGAGAUGUCGCCACAACGCCAUCUGUGCAAGAGAAAAACCAACCAGUACUUUUUCUCGCCGAUAGAAGUCUCUUCAGUUAACCGUUAACUUGUUUCAAUCAGAAAAAGUGGUUAAACAAUUGUCACCGGAAAAUAACGAGAACCGCUAGCUUGUAAAUUUCCUUGGAAGUUUAUGAACCAUCGUAGGAUUCUAAACGCGAGAAUUGAAAUGAAUUGUAUUAUUUUACACCCACAUUUCCAGUAAUUGAAAAACUUACCGAACUCACGCGUAAAAUAAUAAUUCAAUAACCAAACCACAUGUGUGCUCUGAUUGGUUCAAAGGGUCACGUGUUCCUUUUCUUUCCUCUCCUCCGCCAUUGGUCGCUUAAACAAAUCGGUUGCUCGCGUGUUUUUGUUAAGUUUUUAAUAGUUUUAUUUUGUUAUUUAUGUUUACUAAAGAAGACCCAUAAUGAGCAAGACAGAAUCUGCCACUGUCAAGAUCCACCACCAAUCAGAGAGCUGUGUGUUAUUUGCCGUAUUGAAAAAAACGUAAAAUUAGAAGCUCAUCUUUAAUUGGAAUGAAUGGAACGAAUGGAUAUCCGUAAGUUUAUAAAUUUACCAUGAGAGGUCACAUAUUUAUAAAUUUUCGAAAACGUGGACGUAAUUCAUCUCUUGUUUUCUAAACGUGAAAGUUUAUAAAUUUCCUAGGAAGUUUUUAAACUUGCGGUUCUUGUUAUUUUCCGGUGACAGAUACACUUAAUACAAUCUUUUAUUAGCCGUAUUUUCAAGCCAAAGACACAAUUUCACCUUUCGCGAUCUGGUGAGAAAAAUAUCGCAAAUAUCCUCAUUUUUGUGGAAACAAAUGAUUUAUUUUUGGCAUACAUGCCCAUUACACCAACUAAUGAGUGAAUGACUUAAUAACGGAUCUCUGUCUGCAGACAACACAUAUAUUAUAGAAUAAUAUAUAAAUGUAAGGAUGAAAUGUAAAUACUUUUAGUGUUAAGUAACAUAUAAAAUUGUAGUCUAUACAUAUAGUUUGAAAAAUAUUGUAAUAAAACAAAGUUUUGUAAAAUC